GCUGCGGGGACCGCAGGGAUGUUCCCGGCUCAGGAGGAGGCUGACAGGACCGUGUUUGUGGGCAAUUUAGAGGCCCGAGUACGGGAAGAGAUUCUUUACGAGCUGUUCCUUCAGGAAAUAUUGGGGAUUUAGAGUAGGAGAAAGACAAUGAUUGCACUUUCAAAUGUGUUGAGAGUGAAGUUCCAUGACACAGCAUCUCAGGAAGCUGUCUUCAUAGAGAGGCAGCCAUGGGGAAAGCGUUCCCUAACUUCCUCCUGUUCAGAGAAAGGGAGCAUGAGCCAAUCCCUGGGCAAAGCAUUCAGAGAAGAAAGACUGAAAUCCAAGGCCGGGCCGCUAACUAAAGUGACUCUUUGCAAAGAUAGAGAUGGAAAGCCAAAGUCCUUUGGUUUUGUCUGCUUCAAGCAUCCUGAAUCUGUGUCUUAUGCCAUAGCUUUGCUGAAUGGGAUUCGUUUGUAUGGAAGACCAAUUAAUGUGCAAUAUCGAUUUGGUAGUUCUCGCUCUUCUGAACCAGCUAGCCAAAGUUUUGAGAGCUGCGUUAAGAUACACUCACACAGCUUCAGGAAUGAUGAAAUGCUGGGCAGAUCCUCGUUCCCCAUGCACUUUUUCCCAAUUGCGAAUGCUGCUUUACCUCAAGAAUAUUUUUUCUUUCAGAAAACGCACUGGCCCACCCACAGUCCAAUGUUGCAGCCUCCUUUCUACGACAUGACAGCAUCCCUUCCCAACAGUGCCUCUGGAUCGCGCUCCUUAAACCUCGAGGCUGGACCCAGCUCCUACGAGUGGACUCACCAGCAACCAAGCGACCCUGACCUUUAUCAGAGGAACAAAAGAAAGAGGGAAAGGCAAGCCAGCGACACCGACAGUAGCUCAGAAGACAAGAGAGGGAAUGAAGGGAGCCAGAAACACCAGAAAUGCAAAAGGAAGAAGAAAUACCAGUGAAAUAUAUCUGCACUGCGCUCAACUCUCUCUC